ACCUAUCUACAUAUUUUUGUAAAAAUCUUCGGACGUAAAAAAGAGCACGUACAGAAAGCGUAAAAUAUUAAAUUUGUUAAAUAAGGUACGAAAUCUAAAAAACUAUAUAUCUUGAACAAAGAGGUUUGCACAAAUCAAGAUCACAUCUAAAGCGAGCUAGAAGCUAGGAAUAAAAUAUGGGAAAAAAGAAUAAGAACAAACAGGGUAAGGGAGAAGGUGCUGGAGGAUCAGCUUCAGGUGGGCCUGCGCAGCCACAACAACAACCACUGGCAAAACAGCAGCAACAACCUCAAGGACAACAGGAACAGCGGGCCCAAGGACAACAGCAACAGCGGUCACAAGGACAGCAAGAACCCCGAAGACAAGAGGAACAGCCGCCACAAGGACAGCAACAACCUCGAGGACAACAGCGGCCACAACAACUGCAACAACCCUGGGGACAACAGCAAGAGCGGCCACAAGGACAUCAACAACAGGCACAACAGCAGCAACAACCCUGGGGACAACAGCAACAGAGGCCACAAGGACAGCAACAUCAACAACAGGCACAACAGCAGAAACAACCCUGGAGACAACCACAGGGGCAGCAGCAGCAGCAACAACCUCAAGGACAGCAGCAGCAAAAACCGGGAGGAGAACAACCCUCACAAAAACAGCAACGACGUCAAGGACAACAACAGGGGCAGCAGCCGCAGAAACAGCCUAGAGAACAACAGCAGCAACAAUCUGGAGGAGAACAACAGUCACAAAAACAGCAACGACGACAAGGACCAUCGCAACAUGAGGGGCAAACUGGCAGUGGAAAGGGCCAACAAUGGCAAGGAAAGCAGCAGGCUAGGGAUCAACAACAACAGGAACAACAACAACCAAGGCAAGGAAUGCAGCAGGGAUGGGGGAAAGAACAACAAGUCACUCAACCCCAAAAACCCAUCCUCGGUGCAUGGGGCCGGGGACAACAACAGCCACAAGCUAGUGCAAUGGGUCCUAGUUCUUCAAGUAUACAAGCUCGUGAAUCUAUUCCGAAGCAAGUAGGAGGGCCACCUCCAUCGCAAAGGCAGGCUCCUCAAGCUGCAGCAUCGCAGUCUCAAACUCCAUCACCACAAUAUACUCCACGCCAAAGCAUUUCCAAGUCCUCUUCAACAGCAUCGUUUUCAUCAUCUGUAUCGCAAAAAAGCAUACAGCCUGGUACUUUGGGUAUAAGAGGAGAAGUAGAAACCAACUAUUUGGUUUUGAACUUAGAUAAAAUGCCUGAUGUAGCGUAUCAUUACGACGUCACUAUUACACCGGAUCGCCCCAAAAAAUUCUUCCGAAAUGCUUUCAAGCAGUUCAUAAACACAUUUCUACCCGGUCGUACAGUCGCAUUCGAUGGCGUAAAGAGUUGUUAUAUGGUACAAAAGUUAACAAACCCGGUUUAUGAAGGAGAUGUAAAGAUAGCAGAUUCUGGUAAUAGGGAAAUACAAUUUAGAGUUUCUAUAAAACCAACGGACAAUCCCGAAGUAGAGUUGCGAUCCUUAAAAACAUACCAUAAUGAUCGUGUCUUUGACAAACCAAUGCGGGCCCUACAAUGUAUUGAAGUGGUUUUAGCGAAUGCCUGUCACGACAAAGGAAUACGAGCUGGUCGCUCCUAUUUACGCGACCCCCCUAAAACAAUGGAUCUUGAUGAGGGUUAUGAAUUAUACACUGGAUUAUACCAAGCUGCUAUAUUGGGUGAACAGCCAUAUUUGAAUGUAGACAUUUCACAUAAGUCAUUUCCUAUGCCAUAUGGCCUGACGGAAUAUAUGGAGAAAGUAUUACGAAUUAAUUUACAAGACAGAUUAGAUCCAAGAAGCUUCCAAAGCCUUUGUACUCACUUGCGUAACUUGAAGGUGGUUUAUACCCCACCAGCUGUUUUCGGCGCAGCGCCACGUUCUUAUAAAGUUAACGAUGUUAGUAGGGAGUCCGCAUCCACUUUGUCAUUCACUCUCGAGGGCGGCGAAAAACUGACUGUUCAAAAAUACUUCGAAGGGCGUGGUUACAGAUUGAGAUAUCCUAACUUACCCUGCGUGGUGGCAGGCUCAACAAUUAAGCCCAAUUAUUUGCCGAUUGAGUUAUGUAGCAUUGAAGCAGGCCAAGCCCUCAAGAGAAAAGAUGGCAGCCGUCAAGUUCAAAAAAUGAUCCGCUUUGCUGCCACCUCUACAGAUGAACGCAAGCGGAAAAUUAUGGACAAGCUUCAUUAUUUUAUGCAUAAUACAGAUCAUCUUGUACAAGGCUUCGGCAUUAGAAUUGGCGAUAGAUUUAUAACUGUUCCAAUGAGAUUGCUUAAAGCACCAUCAAUUGAAUAUCGCUCGAGCAAGUUCAUAGAGCCCCGAAACGGAUCUUGGAGAAAUUUACCAUUUUUGCAAACCGGGAUAGCUUCCCAGCAAACCGGUCAUAAAUGGGCUAUCAUAUACUCGCCGUCAAGGUUCCUAAGACAUGCCACUUUACAGGAUUUGUCAAGCAUGUUAUAUAAUAGCGCCAAGCGUAUGAAUAUUAACUUGGAUGAGAAGAGAGAUAUACAGGAAACCAAAAAUAUUGUUCAGACUCUGGAAGAAUAUAAAAGGAAAAAUUAUGACUUGGUUGUAGUUGUUAUUCCUGGCUAUGGCACCACGUAUGCUGAUAUAAAACAAAAAGCGGAAUUAGUUUGCGGUCUUUUGACGCAGUGUAUCAAAGAGCAGACUUUAAAUCGUGGUGUAAACGAUCAGUUGGUAUCGAAUUUAUUGUUGAAAGUGAAUUCAAAACUAAACGGAGCCAAUCACAAAAUCGCGGCUAAUAAUCACGUUGUGCUUGACCAUGCAAUGUUCUUGGGUGCUGAUGUCACUCAUCCAUCACCCGAUCAACGUAACAUACCGAGUGUGGUAGGCGUAGCCGCCUCACAUGACCUCAAUGGAGCUUGUUACAACAUGCAAUACCGUUUACAAGAGUCAACAAAAGAAGAGAUCGUUGACAUGCAAAGCAUCAUCCGUCAUCACCUAAAAGUGUAUUUCCAAAAGCAGAAUCGUUAUCCCAAUUAUAUUAUCUACUAUCGCGAUGGUGUAUCUGAUGGCCAGUUCCAAAAGGUCGAAAUACUUGAGCUAGGAGCUAUACGGGCCGUAUGCAAGGAACUACGUAUUUCACCUAAAAUCACUUGCGUUAUAGUGGUCAAACGCCAUCAUACACGUUUCUUUCCUACAAAGCCGACUGGUGACAAAUGGAACAACGUUCUGCCCGGCACAGUGGUAGAUCAAAAGAUUGUGCACCCGGGCGAGACGCAGUUCUUUAUGGUGAGCCAUCAAUCCAUUCAAGGGACUGCAAAGCCCACUCGCUAUAAUGUGAUUGUGGACGAUGCAAAAAUGACAAUGGAUGAUUUACAAAAGAUGACCAACAACUUAUGUUAUAUGUUUCCGCGGUGUAAUCGAGCAGUUUCUUAUCCGGCACCAGCUUACCUGGCCCAUUUGGUUGCAGCUCGUGGCCGUGUUUAUAUCGAAGGACCACCAUUAAGGCGAACAUUGCGUGAGGAGUACAACAAACGCUUGAUCAAUGAGAAUUUCAUGAAUACAACACCAAUGUUCUUUGUUUGAAUGGAAAAGAAAAUAGUAAUUUCAUUUAUACGACUAUACUAUAAUAUUUUAAUCAUAUGCAUUAUCCUAUUUUUAUUGUAAAGAAAAGUCAUUGCUAACUGAGGACGAAUAUGGCAAAUGUCCUAAUCUUGCAAAAGGCACCCUCGCUAAGCAAAAAGCAUUUUUUUACAUUUCAAAUGUUAUGUUUUCAACUAUAUUCUGCUGAAUUGGCGAAAAUAUGCAAAAGCAAAAUUCAUCCAGUUAAACUUAAAAAUUGUUUUUGGAAAAAAUAUUGCGAAUUCCUUGGUAAUAAAUAAAACAUACAUUUGAAAACAGAUUCUUAACCUCUAUAUCCAAUAAUCCACAUAAACAUAUGUAUUAAAUAUCUGUCAUGUUAUAUCUAAAGCACCUGUAAUAAAUUUACCGAGUGCUGUA